AUGGUGUUUCCGGAGCUUCGUUCUACCGAAAAUUACGCCAUGAAGAAUCCAGCCAUAGCUUCAGAUCUCGGCCAGUUUUCGCUGUGUUUUUUCAUCAAACUUGUUCAAGACCAAGGGGAUCACAUGGUCGUCACCUAUGCCCGUGAUCAACACAGUGACGUGGGUGUCGAAAUUUAUCCAACAGAAGCAAAUGUUUAUGUUGGCAGCAAGUGGUUCCGGUAAGGCUGCAUAUAAUUUUUAAAAGUCGGUCGGGGAAUUUCUUAUUUGAGCCACGAUAAGUCAUGAUACACGAAAUGUUACGGUCGGUUUCUCCCUCCUAAACAAUUUAUGUCUAGCAAUUUAAGGGGGGGAGAAAGUUAAACAUACAAAUAAACGAAAAGUUUCUUUCUCUGUGCUUAUCAUGAUUUAAAUACCAAAUAUGUUAAUCUUUUAAACCAAAACAAAUCUAGACGUAUUUUCCUUACGCUUUCCAAAUAACUAUUCGGGAACUUCAAUUAAAAUGUGAUUUAGAUCAUUACGCUCAAUUGGGCACAAAAGUCUUUCAGAUGACGAGGACUCGCUUAUGUAGCAGGGAUGAAAUUAGCUCAUUAAAAAUUUUUAUAAGUAGAGAAAUAAUUUUUUUCGCCUUGGCACGAAACGUGGGACAAAGAAAAAAAUUCUGAGUUCCCAUGAGGAAACAAACCACAAGCAGACCUUCGCAUUCCGCGCUCCGAUGCUCUACCACUGUGCCACAGUGACUCUAAGUAAUUGCACGAAUAAGAGAUUGAUUGACUGACUGACAGUUUAUUGACUGGUUUACUGACUGACUACAGACUGACAGACAGAAUGACUUUCUUGACUGACCUAGUGACAAAGAAAAAGGAGGGUCUUGAAUGAUCUAAUAUAUUUAGUAAUGUUUGCUUUUUGUAUUGUUUUGUUUCAGGUUUACCUCGACAUAUCUAUACGAUGAUACCUGGCAACACCUGUGUCUCACCUGGGAAAACACUCAAGGAGUAACGAAACUCUACAAAGAUGGUCAAUUUGCAGAACAGGUAACGAAUGAUGCCACUAAGAAUUAUGUACUAAAGGCUGGUGGCUUCCUGGUGCUUGGACAAGAGCAAGACUCUUUUGGCGGAGGUUUUGAUGUUAAACAAACUCUUCAUGGCCAAUUGGCAAGUCUCAACAUGUGGGAUAAAGUUCUUUCCGAAAGCGACAUUGCCGCUCAGUACACAAAUUGCAGCGUACCUCGUGGUUCUGUUCUUAACUGGUCUGUAUUCAAAAAUCUUACUCAUGGCAAUGUCACAGUUGAGGAGCCGUGA